AUCAGUUUGACUUUAAACUGAAAAAUGAUAAGGAGCGUCAGUGGUUUUAAAGUUUAUAUUAACAAAAUAAUGUCUAAAUGAUGUAAACGAGUACUUGUAAAGUUGCUUUUUUAAAAUGAUGCUGGUGAGGUUAGAAUCAACAACGUAAAUUAGAAUCUGUGAGAGUGAGUGAAGCCAUUUUAAAAUUGAAAUUGUAAGAAAUCAAAUCGCUGUAAAUGGAACCCCAUAUAUUAAAGAAGCUCUAUUUGUUACCUCUCGUUAUGGGAGUUUGGAUUUCUUGCGGUAUGAUUAUUUGUUUCAUAAUGGCGCUUUCAGAAGGUCAUGUGAGUGCUUAUGUCCCCUUCAUCAGUGAAACUGGAGGAAAAUUACCAGAAAGCGGAAUUUUUGGAAUUUUUCUCGUUUUUACUGCAUGUUUUGGAAUGGCAGUUAUGACGAUUCGUUAUUUAGUCGUAUCCGAAUUAAAUGAAGGAAGUAUUCGAAAAAUAGACAUUUUAAACAAAAUAUCUUUAUUUCUCGGUUAUUUAUCUUUGUGCGGAAUGAUAAUUGUAGGCUGUUAUCCUAUGUAUGGCAUAAUCAGUGCUCAUUUAACAGGAGCACUGUUACUAUUUUUUGGGGGCCUUUUCUAUGGUAUUCUGCAGACUAUACUCACAUUUUGGAUGUAUCCUACUUACAAUGGAAUUUUGAUCUUCCGAAUUCGUUUGGUCAUAUGCACUUUAUGUAUUCUCUCGCUAUUAACACCGUUUAUUGUAAUUCCAUUCGCCCGAAAAUAUUGGAAUAAAAUAAUGCCAAAAGCUGAUAAAGUGCCAUCAGAUAAGGGCUUUACAGAGAUAUUAAUUAUUGCUUUAUGCGAAUGGAUUCUGGCCAUGUCUUUUAUUUCCUUCUUCUUUACUUUUGUUAGAGAAUUUCGAAAGGUUACGCUUCAUUUAUCACUCGUCCCUUUAGUUCGCCAUUUUGACGAUGAAGUCAGUUAAUUGGAAGAAAAUUCAAAUAUUAAAGGCGAAAAGUUAGGAUUCAUUAAUUGUGCUCAAAUACAAACCAGAAUUUCAUUGUAGACAUUUAUAAACAAACUGUUUGACAAAAUAUUUUUUUUUAAUAAAUGUUUUGAUUCACAUUUAACUGAUGCCUUGAUUCAUAUUUACAUUAAAAUAUUUUGUUUCACAUUGUAAUUUUUAUACUUAUAA